AUGGGAUAUAGCACUAUUUCCAAUGAUAACGAUAUCAAAGUAUGUGUGAUAAUGGUUGGUCUACCUGCCAGGGGAAAGUCUUUUAUUUCCCAAAAAAUCAUCAGGUAUUUAUCAUGGUUAUCAAUUAAGGCGAAGUGCUUCAAUGUGGGGAAUUACAGAAGAGACGUGAGUGGGAAUGUCCCAAUAGAUGCUGAAUUUUUUAACUUCGAAAACUCAGAUGGUUUCAAACUUAGAGAGUUGGCCGCUCAGAAUGCUAUGGAAGAUAUUAUAGAUUGGUUUACAAAACAAGACGGAACUGUGGCAGUUUUCGAUGCUACUAAUAGUACACGUGAAAGAAGGAAAUGGCUUAAAGACGUCUGUGAAAAGAAUAGUAUCCAACCAAUGUUUUUAGAGAGCUGGAGUGAUGAUCAUGAGUUGAUCAUAAAUAACGCUAAAGAUAUUGGCAACACAUCACCAGAUUAUGAAGACUUUGAGCCAGAUGUAGCGGAAGCUGAUUUUUUGAAUCGAAUUGGACAAUAUGAGAGAUUCUAUGAACCUAUGGACGCUCAGAAAGAUAAAGAUGUGACUUUUGUUAAAUUAAUCAAUAUUGUUGAGGAAGUGGUAAUUAACAAGAUUAAAACCUAUUUGGAAAGUAGGAUCGUAUUUUAUGUUAUGAAUAUUCGUCCUAAGCCAAAAUAUAUUUGGCUUUCUCGCCACGGUGAAUCGAUAUAUAAUGUAGAGAAAAAAAUUGGUGGGGACUCAUCAUUGUCUGAAAGGGGCUUUCAAUAUGCUAAGAAAUUAGAGCAUUUAGUGAAAGAAAGUGCAGGAGAUGUUAAUUUGACUGUGUGGACUUCUACCUUGAAGAGAACACAGCAAACGGCAAAGUACCUUCCUUAUAAGAAAUUGCAAUGGAAAGCUUUGGAUGAAUUAGACGCUGGCGUUUGUGAUGGGAUGACAUAUGAAGAAAUUGAAAAAGAGUACCCUGAAGACUUCAAAGCUCGUGACAACGACAAAUACGAGUAUAGAUAUCGCGGUGGAGAAUCUUACAGAGAUGUAGUGAUUCGCUUAGAGCCUGUGAUUAUGGAACUGGAACGCCAAGAAAAUGUACUCAUUAUAACUCAUCAGGCCGUACUUCGGUGUAUAUAUGCAUAUUUCAUGAAUGUUCCACAAGAAGAAUCGCCGUGGAUGUCUAUUCCUCUACAUACAUUGAUCAAACUGGAGCCCAGGGCUUAUGGUACAAAGGUUACUAAAAUUAAGGCUAAUAUUCCUGCAGUGAGUACGUAUAAAGAGAAAGGCACAAGUCAAGUGGGUGAGCUUUCUCAAAGCUCCACUAAACUCCAUCAAUUGCUCAACGACUCUCCUUUAGAAGAUAAAUUUUAA